GUGAACAUUUUGUAAAAAGGUUGUAGUGCUACCUUUGUCAUCAUCACCUUUAAGGAAAUGCUUCGUGUUUGCAAGGGGUUGCAUGAGCUGAACUUUGCAGAUCAUCAUUUCCUCUUAUACGACCAUAUCUUUCAUUUCAUCAUUAAACUCUCAUCUGAGAUUUAUUAACUAUUAAGACACGAUUAUUAUAACAUUUCUGGUGAUUUUUGUCAUUUUGAUUUUCUGGUGUUGUGCAAGAUGAUGAAGAAAAUGUUUGUUGUAAUUUUGAACUGUUUCUGGAGUCUAUCUGGUGUAUUUGGCACAGGUGAGUUUGUGUCAGUGAUGGAGGGAGAUUCUGUCACUUUAUCUGUCAAUCUCACUGAAACACAGAUUAAAGAGGGAAUCUCCUGGAAGUUUGGACUUCGGGAAAUCACCAUAGCUGAAAUCGAAGUUGGUGACAAUAACAUCCGUCCAUAUGAAGAUAGAGCUGAUGGAAGAUUCAAAGGCAGAUUGAAGCUGGAUCACAGUGGAUCUCUAAUCAUCACAAACAUCAGAACCACAGACGCUGGACUUUAUAAAGUGUCCCAAACCAGCGCAGACAAACAACUCAAUAUAUUUCAUCUUACUGUCUAUGCUCCUCUUCCGGUUCCUGUCAUCAAAAAUGGCUCUCCAGAAAACACUUCAUCAUCAGAAAGAUCAAACUGCUCCUUGCUGUGUUCAGUGUUGAAUGUGAGAGAUGUAACUCUCUCUUGGUACAAAGAAAAAAGUUUAUUGUCCAACAUCAGUGAGUCUAAUCUCAACAUCAGCAACAUCUCUCUACCUCUGGAGGUGGGUUAUCAGGAUACAAACACAUACAGAUGUGUGGUCCAACAUCCUUUAAGCAACCAGACUCAAGAUUACUGCCUUACUCAUCUCUGUCAGCAGUGUUCAGUUUCAGGUUUCUCUUUCAUUUUCAUUCUUACCUGUUGUGUUGUUGGAGUUCUGAUGAUUGUAGCUCCAGUUUUGAUCUAUUACAUCUACAGGAAACUGAGAACUACAGCUAAAAAAAUUGAAGUUACUGAAGAGGAUAUUAUUCGGUAUUCAGAACCUCACUGUAGUUGGACAUUUAGAUUACAGUAAAUAUCUUUGCUUAAUACAUCAGUUAAGUUUUAAAUGCUCGUGUGGACAUUGGAAUUAACUAGCUCUGUCAACCAACUUCAACAGGUCAACUUUGUUGGCAAGGUUUCAUUUGUUACAUCAUUUGAUGUCAGAGUUCAACUUUAGGAGUUAAAUUAAAUAAUGUGUCACAGUAUAUCAGAAGUUGAGACAGAAGCAGAUUGUGACAGACAAGGUUGAGACUUUAACAGUCAGCGCUGUCUGAAGUAUUAGAACUUCACAUCCUGUGGAAUUCUAUGUGUAUAAGUGGGUUAGUUUAUUUUUUAUUAUUAGCUUUAAAAGUAGAACUUUUUAAUUCCACAGAUAUGGUAAAUAUUAAAGGGGCAAUGUUUCUUUGUGUAACCAAGCAGCUAUAAAUUGGGGCACUGAAGAACGGCUGUGGUGAAGACUUGUACCUGUAAUUUGUGAAUGUUUACUUUGAAUUUGUUUAUUAAACCGUGAUUAUUUGUAACGGUGAUUCAUUAAACUUCUCAUAAAUAAGUUUCAGAUUGUCUUCAUAUAGUUAUAACAUUAUCUGAACCUGAAAAGGCCGAACUACAGCUUGAAUAUUGGGGGGACCGAAACAUUCAGGACUAUGCUUUAUGCAUCAAAACAUACCAGAUAAAUGCAGAGUAUUUAUGGUAAUGAAGUUUAAUAGUUACGCUUAACAGAAAAAUCGCUGGACCUGAAAUGACAAACAAAAGAAGCCGUGAAGACAAAACUGACUGUGACCACAAACUUAAAAACAAAAAUAAGUGAGAUGGUCAGUCUUCUCAGUUCUUAAGUUAAUCUUUAUUUCACAUCUCUUAAUCUGUUGAAGUUCAUGAGAUUCCCGUCUCGUGUCUCUUCAGAUAUUCUUAAUUUUUUCCUUUGUUUGCAGUUUUUGUGUUUUCUUUAUCUAGAAAUCAAACUUCAUCUAAAGCAUCUCAGUCCAACAUCUCUAACAUUUAUACACAGUUGUGUCUUAUAUACAUGACUAUACUCAAAUGAUAUUAAGUUAACUUAAAGUGUCUUGUGGACUAGAAUGUUCUGAGUGGUUGUUGAGGUGUUUUGGGAAAUUAGGUGGUUGUUUUCUGACCUAGGUCAAAUAAGAUCAAAGCCAAUUCUCUGAUAUUUUCAUUAUGAUUUAUAUGUUUUAUAAGGUUAAUUCAUCCAUUCAAACCCAAAUGUGCUAAUAGACUGCAUGUAUAUCGAUGAUGUUGAGCUCAAUAACAUGUAGAAACUCUUGAUGUGUUCAGAUGAAUGUUUAGUCUUUGAUCUUUCACCUCAUCACACUUACAGCUCUUAUAUGAGACUCAUGAUAAAGAUGAACUAUACUAGUCAACAUUUGAAGUGGUUUAUAAAAGUUACCCUAAGACAAGAACAGGUAUUGUUCAAAGUAUUAAGACAACUUUUAUGAAAGGUUUUGGUCCACUUCAAAUGUUGACUAGUGUAUGUGUGUGAUGUCACCUCCUUCAUCUUAAUGCUUAACAUCUCUGUGUGUUUGUGUUCAUGCUUUAUAUCUACAUCAUGUUAUACUACACAAACAGCAUUCAUAGUAGAUAAAGCUUUUGCAUUUUGCAAGUUUUUGUUAAUUUAAUAAUGC